AUGCAAAGUCGCGAGUAUUCAGUGAUCCAGCACGAACAAAAAUUACAGGCUGAAAUAACGGACCUCAAGUGCAGGAGUAUAUUGGACAAUUUGUUGUUUUUCCGGAUACCUGAGGAGCAAGAAGAACAGUGCGAAAAAAAAAUAUUGGAAUUCAUCGAAACAAAGCUUCACGUGCAAAACGCCCAAACCGAAAUCAAGUUGCACAAAGCACAUCUGAUAGGCCGAUACCAGCCAAAUAAAGUGCGGCCAAUUGUUGCGAAAUUCGCAUACUACCCGGACAAGGAGAGGGUUCGCAGGGAGUCAAAGGCACUAAAAGGUACCCCUUUCGGAAUAUCCGAGCAAUAUCCACAGGAAGUUAUGGAGGUCCGACGAAGGCUAAUACCCAUCAUGAAAAAGGCAAGAUCCGAGGAAAAGGAGGCGUAUCUCAGGAUUGACAAACUGUAUAUAAACAAGCAAGUGUAUAAAAAAUAG